AGAAACAGCGAAGUUUCCGGUGUUGUGUAUGUUCCUGGAAACAUGGCGGCCAGCUUCCGCGGCCGUCCUAUCCGGAGUCUUCGGAUGCGAGGUCGAAAUGACAGCGGGGAGGAGAACGUACCGCUGGAUCUGAGCAGAGAACCAUCAGAAAACUUCCGUGAAAUCCUUCAAAAUGUGGCCAAACCACACGGAGUCAGUAACAUGCGAAAACUGGGCCACCUGAACAACUUCAUAAAGCUGCUAUGCAGCAUUGGCCAACGUGAGGAAAACUUUGGGUUUACAUAUGAAGAAAUCAUCGUUUGUUUGCGACUAGCUCUUCUAAAUGAGGCUAAGGAAGUACGUGCUGCAGGGUUGCGGGCGCUCCGCUACCUCAUUAGAGACACCAGUGUGCUGCAGAAGGUCCUCAGACUACAGGUGGAUUAUUUAAUAGCCAGGUGCAUUGACAUCCAGCAGAGCAAUGAGGGGGAGAGAACUCAGGCCCUGCGUCUGGUCCGAAAGAUUAUCACUGUCAAUGCGAUGCUGUUCCCCACCUCUAUUGCAAACUCUCUAAUUGCUGUGGGGACUGACGGACUGCAGGAGAGAGACCGCAUGGUCCGUGCUGCCAUCGCCAUCGUAUGUGAACUAGCCCUAAAGAACCCAGAGGUGGUGGCCAAACGAGGAGGCCUCAGCACCAUCCUUAAGAGUGUCAUUGACUGUCAGCUGAGUCGCAUCAAUGAAGCACUGAUCACGACCGUCCUCCAUCUACUCAACCACCCGCGUACCCGGCAGUAUGUGCGUGUUGACGUCGAGCUGGAGCAAAUCCUCGCGCCUUUCACAGAUUUUCACUAUCGUCACAACGCAGACACGGCUGAAGGGCAACUCAAAGAAGACAGAGAGGCCCGUUUCUUGUCGAGCAGAAUGGCCAUAGUGGCUGCCUUCCGCUCCUGGUCUGGGAUUAUCAACCUAUGCAAGGCCGGAAAUUCUGGAAUUCAGUCUUUAAUUGGCUUACUUUGCAUACCAAAUAUGGAAGUUAGGAAAGGCUUGUUGGAGGUGUUAUAUGAGAUAUUUCGGCUCCCUGUGCCCAUUGUAACUCAAGACUUCACGGAAGCUUUUCUAAGUGUUGACCCUGCCAGGUUCCAGGACACCUGGAGACUGUCUGAUGGGUUUGUUGCUGCUGAGGCCAAAGUCAUUCUACCCCAUCGGGCUCGCUCUAGGCCUGACCUGAUGGACAACUACUUGGCAUUUGUUCUCUCUGCCUUCAUAACUAGUGGGCUGUUAGAGGGCCUUGUUGAAGUUGUGACUAGUAGCGAUGACCAGCUUGCUGUCAGAGCCACCAUCCUCUUGGGAGAACUUCUACACAUGGCAAAUACCAUCCUUCCUCAUUCCCAUAGUCACCACCUGCACUGCCUUCCUACUCUAAUCAACAUGGCAGCCUCCUUUGACAUCCCCCAGGAGAAAAGACUUCGGGCAAGUGCAGCAGUCAACAAUCUGAAACGUUUCCAUGAAAAGAAGAAGAAAGGUUUGAAACCACACAGUCUUUACCUGGACCACAUCAUACGAAAGUCUGUGUCGUCACAUAACCGCAGAGAGUCACACUCACGUGUCCACAGGGACAUCUACGUCAUAAAGGACACAGAAGAAGCACUGAUGAUGAACCUGAGAGACAGUCACAUUCUCAACCACAAACAGAACCUGGAGUGGAACUGGCUGCUUAUUGCCACUAUCCUUAAGUGGCCAAAUGUAAACCUCAGGAACAACAAAGAUGAACAGAUGCACAAGUUUGUUCGGAGGCUGCUGUACUUUUACAAGCCCAGUAGUAAAUUGUAUGCAGGGCUGGCAUUGGAUCACCUAAAGGCCAGACAACUCACUGUGGUUGGAUGUCAGUUUGUGGAGUUCCUCAUGGACUCAGAUGAGGAUGGCCAGGGCUACCUGGAGGACUUGGUGAGGGACAUGGUGGCAUGGCUCUCCUCAUCCUCAGGGCUAAAACCUGAGCGCUGCCUGCAGAGUAAUGGCCUGCUCACGACACUCAGCCAGCACUACUUCCUCUUCCUGGGGACACUCUCUGCACACCCACAGGGUGUCAAACUGUUAGAGAAAUGUGGCCUGUUUCAGUGCCUGCUGAAUCUGUGCUCGGUAAAGAACCAGGAUGCUGUGCUGAAACUUGCUGUAUCCACACUGGACUACAGCAGAGACGGUCUGGCCAGAGUGAUCCUCUCCAAGAUCCUCACUGCUGCUACUGAUACGUGCAGGCUGUAUGCUACCAAGCACCUCCGUGUGCUGCUGCGUGCGGGUGUGGAGUUCUUCAGUAGCUGGGGCAUGGAGCUGCUGGUCACACAGCUUCAUGACCACAGCAAGGCUGUGUCCAUAGAGGCCCUGGACAUACUGGAUGAGGCUUGUGAAGACAAGGCCAAUCUUCACGCUCUAAUCCAGCUGAAACCAGCCGUGUCCCACCUGGGAGACAAAGGCCUCCUACUGCUCCUCAGGUUCCUGUCCAUUCCUAAAGGUUUCUCCUACCUCAAUGAGAGGGGUUAUGUCAGCAAACAGCUGGAUAAGUGGCAGAAGGAGUACAACCUUAAGUAUGUGGACCUGAUAGAAGAGCAGCUCAAUGAAGCACUUACGACUUACCGCAAACCUGUCGACGGAGACAACUACGUCAGACGUAGCAACCAAAGGUUACAAAGACCAAAUGUCUAUCUUCCUGUGCACUUGUACGGCCAGCUGGUCCAUGAUAAGACAGGCUGUCAUCUAUUGGAGGCUCAGAGUGUGGUUCCUGACCUCAGCUACACGGUUCGCUCCCCGAUGCUGGACACCUGGGAAGGCAUCAAACAGCUGAAGGCUGCACUCUGGGCUCUGGGCAACAUUGGCUCUUCAAACUGGGGUUUGAAUCUCCUACAGGAGGAGAAUGUCAUUCCAGACAUCCUCGCAUUGGCUCAGCACUGUGAGGUGCUAUCAGUACGAGGGACGUGUGUUUAUGUGCUGGGUGUGAUCUCCAAGACCAGGCAGGGUUGUGAGGUUUUGAAGCAGUAUGGUUGGGAUGCAGUCAGACACAGUCGCAGGACGCUGUGGCCUGUCACUCCAGAUGAGGUGGACACACAGCUGACCUCUGAACUUUCUUCAGUACCUAGCACGCUCAGUCUGAACUCUGAAUCCACCAGCUCCCGCCACAACAGCGAGAGCGAGUCUCAACCAAACAUGUACAUCCUGGAUGACGACAAGUGUGAUGUUCUGGACCAGUCAGAUGAGCCCUCUUUCUAUUUACACUCCAAACCAGUCAAAGACCGCAGCCCUUUCACAAUCCUGGCCUCUACGCGCUUUGUCCGCACCCGCUUCCUUACCUCCCUGUCCCUCCCCAGCAAGAAACUGCGCUCCACCAGUGACCCUAAAACCCCCACAGGCUCUCGCACCCCUACUGAGCUCAAGACAGGGAGUAUGAGACGAAACAGGACAGUGACAGAACCCUCUGUCUACAGCCCAAAUCAGGGGGACGUCUUCACCCCUGUGUUUAACGGCAGAGGAAUUCCAAAGAGUCCAACAGUCAGCCUGGAAACAUCCUUUGUUGGGACCAGAGGGGGUUCUGAGGAGCAGCUUGUGGAUGGCAGGCUGGCCAGGGGAUGCGGCUCAGGCCUCGGACUCAGUGGUCUCGGAGGGCAAGGGGCUGUGGAGCACCACAGCCGGGAGAGGGAACAGACCAGCCGAGAGCGUUUAGCAGGCGAUGGUGGCUCCUCUUCUAGUGGAGGCAACGUUGGAGGGGGUGGAGGUGGCAGCGGCGGAGGUACUCAAUUUAAAAGCCGCAGUCAGAGCUUUAACACGGACACUACAACCAGCGGCAUCAGCUCCAUGAGCUCUAGCCCCUCCAGGGAGACCGUUGGAAACCCUGAUCAUACAGAGCCUGAACCUGACUCUUCUGACUGUGUGAGCCUCAACACAGUCGUGUCUGCCAAGACUGUGAAAACACUCUCUUCCCUCACCCCCCAGGCUCAGACUAACCACAUGUCCAUGUCUAAGCCCUCUACUGUCACUCUGGUACCGCCUGGCUCCUCGCACACUCUCCCGCGCCGAGCUCAGUCUCUCAAGUCCCCCUCAGUAGCCACCAUAAAAAGCCUGGCUGAUUGUAGCUUCAUGUACACCAGCCCGAGAGACGCGCUGGGUUACGCUACGCUGAAGAGGCUGCAGCAGCAGAGGAUACACCCAUCUUUGUCACACAGUGAAGCGCUGGCUUCACCUGCCAAAGACGUGCUAUUCACUGACACCAUCACUAUGAAAACUGGCAGCUUGGACUCCAGAUUAACACCUCGGAGGCUAUCAGAUAGGAGGCGUACCUGUCCAGAACCCAACACGAUAAGUUCCUACCGCAGGCUGUCCAGAACACUCGUACCGCGUCUCUCCCCCCGGAUCCUCUCACGCACCUCUCCUCUUGCCCUCCCUAGAUUUCUGAAAGCUCUGAGCUUUGCCUCUCUGGAUAAAGAGGAACUUCUCAGUCCCAUCAACCAAAGCACCCUGCAACGCUGCUCUUCUGUGCGCUCAAUGGUAUCUAGCGCCACCUUCGGGUGUAACGAUGACUACAUUGGCCUAGCGUUGCCGAUGGACAUCAAUGACAUGUUCCACAUCAGAGACUCGGCCUACUUUCAGCAAAGGAUCAGCCCGCCUUCAGAAGAGCGGAAGCGCUUCCUCUUUGGUGAUGGAGAUGGUGAUCGUCCUGCUAUCCCAGUACUGAAGCAACAGUUCAGUAUCUCUGAGCUGAUCGUGUGCCGAGGUGACUCCCAGAAUCAUAUGGUGGGUUCAGAGGAGACAGGCCUGCAGGAUCACACUGAAGAGAACUGCCUUUACUGCGUCGGAUCCACCGUCCUCGGUUACCCCACGCAGCCACAGAUAAACAGCACGCACCCUCGGACAGAUUACGUCGACUUCCCGUCAUGGGCAGGGCAGAGUGGCCAUCGUCUGGAGGUGAUGCCUCAGUCCAAGUUCUCUGGAGUGUCAGGCUGCAGCGACGCCGCCGUUUCACAAGGUUCAAUCUGUAGCACGCCCACACCUGGGGACAUUGUCAUUGGUGGCAAAGCGAUAUCAGAGGACGGCCCUGCGUCUCGAGUCUUGCUGAGGAAGGAGGUGCUCCGGCUCAUCAUCAACCUCAGCUCCUCUGUAGGAACCAAAGGCCACGAAACAGGACUACUGACGAUAAAGGAGAAGUUUCCAUAUGCGUUUGAUGACAUUUGCCUGUACUCCGAGGUUUCCCACCUCUUAGCCCACUGUAUGUUCCGCCUGACCUCAAGACGUUUCAUACAAGAACUCUUCCAGGAUGUGCAAUUUAUGCCAAUGUUUGAGGAAGCAGAGGCAAUCCUGACAAAGCUACCAAAACCUGUCGAAGAAGAUGUUGACCCUCCUCCAGAAUCCUGAUCAUCAUCCUCCUCACGUUCCCUACACAGCUGCAGUCCUUACAACCACGGACAGAAAGCAAAAGACCAAGAUAAUAUAAGUUAUGGCUCUAAGGAUGGGGAAAUGUUUGGCUUGUUUCUGUUUAUUAAAGCAGAGCACCAUAGCCAAUGAAAAGGAGGACAUGGACAUCGCUCACCUUUCUUCUAGCAAGUACAAGCUGGAAACAAAGGACGUCAAUAUCUGUAAAACAAAUGUAACCCGACACGCCUAAUGCUGUUUCAGACUUUUUUUUUUUUCCCCCACAGGACAAAGCGGGGAGCAGUUUAACCAAAUACUGUUUUCAGAUGGGUUGGCAAUCUUGAGCAACACUCAAUAAUACAUCAACAUAAUGCUUAAGGACGAGCUGGAUCAUUAAGACAAAGACUCGAGCUGUGUUUUUAAAAAAAAAAAAAAAGUCUAUCAUUUUAUCUCUUUCCAGAGGUGGUGUUUUUCUGUAAUGAAAUGAAUAAGGCAUGUUGUUGUGUCUACCCAGUGAUUCCUCGGACCUUGCGUUCUUUUCUCCAACAAAACACUACAGAGGGAUCCUGCUGUUUUUAAAAACUUAUCUGGAGCCUUCCUGGUUCACAUCCCACCCCGACUCGUGAUCUGUUUAACCAGAAAUGUGCUUUUGCUUCUCUUGCCUCGCCACUUCCUACAACCUGUAGCCUCUUGUCAGCACAGACAGCCAAUUACUUUUCUAUUUCUUGUAUCUCAGACAAUCAAACAUCACUAGUAUUGUAUUUUCUAAAGCAUUAUAUCUACCGCCCGUACACAGUACAUGAGGAGAAUAGCAUGUAAGUUAAUGCUAGUUUAUUCCAUCCUUUACUUGUUUAGGACCUUUAAUGUUUUUUCUUCAGCCGUUGCAUUUUUAGGAAGCUCCUCAGGAGGUGGGUUGGUAUUUGGAAAGAUGCUAUCUGUACAACGAUUCUUUACAGAUCUGGUACCAAACUCUGCUUACAAACGUUUCCAAAUCCUGUGUAAACCCAGCAGCUGCCCGUCACUAUGCCUUCUUACCUCUGUGCUUCACCUCCACUGCAUGUCCAGCAAGCAUGGCAAAGUUUGUAACUUCACUUUAACGUGUUUUCUUGCUUGUAAAAAAAAAAAAAAAACCUUUUUAAAAAAUAGGUUGCCAUUACAUGCUGCCAUCACAUUGUAGGAAUAUAAUUACCCCUGGAUCUGUUUCCACAAUGCAAUAUCACUAUUUGUCAUUGAGUGAGAUGGAGAGGGGGGGAAAGGGGAGGGGGCGCGACGACUUAAGGAUUUGUAAAAGGUUUCCAGGGAAACAAGGAUCUCUGUUUCCAUUGGCUUGUUUUUUGCUAUAAUGCUGCUACACAAAUGGACUCCUAGAGAGAUGAUUCAUAGAUCAGCUGAGUGAUGUCAGAUCCGAUCUAUUUAUUAUAUGUCUGUACCAUAGAGUGAGCUCAACCAGAGAAGAAAAAAAAGUUAUUUAUAUUUUUUCCUCGAGACUGUAUUAUAAUUUAAAAAGAUUUUUUCUUUUUUUUUUUUUUUUUUGCCUGAAUCGUGGUUUCCCUUGUAUAAUGUGUACAGUAUGUUUUUGGGGGCAUUGAUGACCUAAAGAAACAUACAAUCCUAUCAAAGGGAUGCAUUGUUAAUAAAAUGAAAUUUGAAAUACCCAAGA